AUGACCAAGUCGAGAACGGUCUUGAUGAAGGCCUUCGGGCGUUGGUUAGGGCCCCGGGCAGGACAACGUGGCGGCCGGCUGCUGGCCAUGACCUAUGUUCCACACUGCAUUGCGUUCGAUCUGCAUCAGAGCCCCAACGAAGUAUGGGCUGGCAACGAGCGUCGGUUACCGAUCAAAAAAUGCGGGAUCGCGGCUCCAAUCUGCCCCUUCACCCUUUUCCCCUUGGUGGGUGACGUGUGGCUUGCCGAAUCCACCGGACGAUGUUCCCCGGCGACACCUCAUUCACCAGAUGUAGCUCUCGUUACAAUCCGCAGCUGA